AUGGCUCUCGACGCCAGCGCCGAGAAAGAAAACGAACUGCCAUUAACGGAAACCACUGCCCCUCAACCCGCAUCUCCCACCCCCUCCAGCCGGCAACAAUGGCCCAACAGCCAGCCCUUAGCCGAAGAAGGGCCGUCCAGCUCAACACCAGCCCCUUCUAAACCGCAACUCUCCGCGCGCGCAACCCAGUUAUACACAGUCUCCUACCUCAUCUUCUUCGCAAUUCUCGGCACCCUGGCGCGCCUUGGUCUGCAGGCCCUCACAACCUACAAAGGCGCGCCAGUGGUCACAGGCGUGUUAUGGGCCAACGUCGCCGGGAGCCUGGUAAUGGGCUUCAUGAUCGAAGACAAGGCCCUCUUCCGUGAGGAAUGGGACUGUGCAGGCCCCACGCCCAGCGACGCCGAGGACGCGGCUGAGCACGCGAAGAAACACAAGGCGACGAAGAAGACCAUCCCGUUAUACAUCGGCGUGACGACGGGCUUCUGCGGCUGCUGCACCUCCUUCUCCUCGUUCAUCCGCGACGUCUUUCUUGCCCUGGCAAAUGCCCUCCCGGACCCCUCGCUGCCGGCUGGCACUGCCAAUGCGGCCCGCAACGGCGGCUACAGCUUCAUGGCGCUGCUGGCUGUCCUGCUGGUCACCGUGUCGCUGAGCUUGUCGGCGCUGGUAUUCGGUGGCCAUUUUGCGCUCGCCGUGUCCCCGUUCCUGCCUACCUUGCCCUUCAGGUUUACGCGCCGGGUGCUCGAUCCUGUCGCCGUCGUCCUCGGCUGGGGGUGCUGGCUUGGCGCCGUGUUCUUGGCUAUCUGGCCGCCGGACCGCCACGAGGGCCAGGAUACAUGGCGCGGGCGGGCGGUGUUUGCCAUCGUGUUUGCGCCGCUGGGCUGUCUGGCGCGGUUCUAUGUCUCGCUGUUGCUGAAUGCGCGGGUGCCGGCUUUUCCGCUGGGGACGUUCGCGGUGAACAUGUUCGGCGUUGUGGUCGAAGGCAUGUGCUACGACUUGCAGCAUGUCCGUGGACUGGGGGCUGUCGUUCCCGCCGCGUUGACCGGCUGCCAGGUGCUGCAAGGCGUGAUGGAUGGGUUCUGCGGCAGCUUGACGACUGUCAGUACGUGGGUUGCUGAGCUCAACGGCCUGGCGAGGCGAAAACACGCCUACUUCUACGGGAUCACCAGUGUUUCCGUCGGGCUGGGCUUGCUGGUCGUGAUUAUGGGCUCGCUGCUCUGGACGCGCGGGUUCGAGGAUCCGGUCUGCGGAUGA